CUCAGCUGCUGUCUUGGAAGGACCAGAACUCGACGCCCUGGUUGGGAAAAAGCGUCCCGCGGGCCGCUGACAUGGCUCUCGCACUUUUGAGUUCCUCUUUUGAGGGAGAAACCUAAGGAACAUGUGGAAGGGUUGGCGGUAGGUUGCUAGCCCGUGCAGGGCUGCAAACGUUUGCUUUUGUGGUCAAGGAAUCCAGAAUGGUGGUCUGAAAAUGUCGAGUGGUUGCCAGAUGAGAAGGCGGGCCCAUUCUGGUGCAAGGACGGGCUCCUUCUUUGGUGGCGCAGGGGCUGCAAGGCUUGCAAGUGGUUCAAAGCCGAUUUUGAGAAGGAAGAUUUGCAAUGGAUGUUGUUUGAGCCUAGUUUAUGGCAUACAAGGGAGGAAGGGAUGGGAGGGGUAUAAGCAGGCAAAGCAAGAAGUUUGGCCCGUGCUCCUUGACCUCCGUUCCUGCCUCAGCGCUUCCAAUCCUGAAUCCAAUGUUCAGAUGGGAGGCGUUCUUGAUUAGAUACCUGGACAUUGAUAACCAGCGGAAGACGAACUGAUCAAUCUGAUCAGAAUUUUUGGGCUCUUGAGAGUGUAUGUGUGCACGCCGCAACCCAGAAGCCCUUUGACGCCUGAGGAUGGCCAGUCUGGAAGGACUAGAUAGAGCAUCCGUCAGGAUAGUACCAGACACACAAAUGGCAGCAGCAGGUUCCGAGGAAGCUACGCAAGGGCCUGGCACAGAAAGCUCCCUGCCAACAAAAGUGUCUGAGAGCAGCAAUAUUCCGCGUAUCAGAGGCUUUGAGGUUCCAACCGCAGGGAUCUCCCCGCUCAAUCCUGAACGGAAGGUUUCAGGUGGCGCCGCAAUCCCAGCCGCAGAUCCAGCAUUUGGAAAUGGGGAGCGAAUAGAAAAAGCAGUUCCUCAAGCCAAAACGCCUCCUGCUUGUUUAGCCGGGUUGAGAGUCUUGGACCUGUCCUCCGGGAGUCCCCGUGCUGCCAAUGGAUCAGGCAGCGCGUCUAGUGGGAGGUUGACCCCUGCUUCCGAGUCUGGGGCGACUGGAGGAGCAAUGAGCCCCUCGAAACUGCUGCGGAAGUUCGAAUUGUUCUCCAAUAAUCCUCGUGGGUCGAGUCUUCCAGCAAGUCCCUCCCAUGGCCCUCGGUCCACCUCUCGGGCCAAGCUGUCGCAAGAUGACUUCCAUGCGAAGGUGGUCUCUUCACUGGAGGUCGGGGCUCACCACAGUCGGCACAAUUCUGGAUCAAUCAAGGUGUCUUCUGCGUUGGAUGACGUCGUUCCUGCUCUGGAGAGAAUUCUUGACGAGGCGACCCUCACACCGGAUCAGAGAAACGACCUGCAGUAUUCCCUGCAAGUGAUUCUUUCACGGACUUUGUAUGAGCCGACUGUCAAAUCGCCAUCCACGCCACCAUCUCCACGGUCUAAUCGGCGGUCUACUUUGAAUCUGGUGUCUCCCAAGCUCGAAUUGGAUGAAGAGACGCAGAGAUGGCUGGCGCACGAGUACCGGCUGGAUCAAUACACAGUUCCUGACAAGUACUCGCUCUCUAUGAGCUUGCCUUCCGCGUUCAGCAACCAGCUGAAUAAGACUGGGUCCGGCAUCAGCCGCUCCUUCACCUUUGGCAGGAGUCCCGGUCUGAGUCCUCUUGCCCAGUCAUCGCCCAGGGGCCGGAAGAAAGUAGAAGAGCCGACUUUCGAGGCAGGAAAGGGCGAGACGCCUCCUCCCGAACGUCCGGUGGAGAAAGAGGUUGAGAAGCAGGUUGAAGAAAAGGUCGAAAACCAGGUUGAGAAAGAGCUGGUGGCAACAGAGACGGCAAAGGUGCUGACGAAGAUACACGACCUGGACUUCGACGUGUUUGAGCUGAACGCAGCCAACCAGGGGGAGGCGCUCAAGUGCCUGGCGACGGCCAUCUUUACCGAGUUAGGCCUGUGCGAAAAGCUGGGCAUCGACAAGGGGACCAUGGACGCGUUCCUGACGGCCAUCCAAGCAGGGUACCGGCAGGUGCCCUACCACAACGGCUGUCACGCCGCGGACGUUCUGCACGCUGCGUACCUUCUCAUCACCCGAUGCUUCCUAGAGGAGUGGAUGACGGACGAGGAAGUCUUCUCCCUCUUGGUCGCUGCAAUAGUCCACGACUUCAGGCAUCCUGGCAUCAGCAACGCCUUCCUAAUCGCAAGCAAGGACCCGCUUGCCAUUUUAUACAACGACCGCGCAGUCUUGGAAAACCACCACCUUGCUUCCGCCUUCAUGGAGAUGUACAAGUCUGGCCAGAACAUUCUGGGCCAUUUUUCCGUCGAGCAGCAGAAGGCCAUCCGGGCCCGGAUCAUACAGCUGGUACUGAUCACGGACAUGUCGGAGCACUUCGAGUUUGCGGGGAGGUUUAAGACGCGAGUCCUGGGUCCUGGCUUUAACCUAGAAAAGGAGGAGAACCGGAUAUGCAUUUUGCAGAUGGUGUUGAAAUGCGCGGACCUGAACAGCGCAGCAAAGCCACAGAAAUUGGCUGUCGACUGGGCGAGGCGGAUCAUGGACGAGUUCUUCAACCAGGGGGACAAGGAGAAGCAGCUGGGGCUGCCGGUGUCCCCAAUGUGCGACAAGGAGGCGGCCAACAUCCCGAAGCAGCAGCUGCGGUUUAUUGAGUUCAUCGUACAACCGCUCUACGAAAUGUUUGCGGAGCACUGUCCGGCUCUCGAAGAAUGGCUUCAGGGGUUGGAGGCCAAUAGAGGGUAUUGGCAAAGUCAAAUGAAGGACGAGCCGCAAAGCCAAAGUAACAUAAGGCGAGCGACUGUCAACAAGAUUCUCUAACGACAGGCUGCCGUCCUCCGGCUGGAGACAUUGCCAGGGCAGCGAUUAUUAACCAGUCAAGAGCACCGUGUACUCCAAUGUUAUAGCGAGCGAUCGGCGGAUCUACCCGAAUAAGACGGAUUUGACUUCGAAAGCCGACAAAAACGGUUGCCCCAAAUACUUUAGUGCUGUGCAUCAAGCAUGAGUCGGCAGGCUCUAGGUAUAGUUCGAAGUCGUCUCAGCAAGUCCUCAAACGCAACAGCGAAGCGUUAACUUUUCUUGUAUUGUAGUGGGCACGCGCUAGUGGAAGUGCACGGUUGGCAGUGGGAAGUGUAGAUGAUCACUAGCCAUUGAAGUACGUGUACGGUAGAAUCUGUCAUAGGGCCGUGCACCAAGACGUGGACACGCUUGGGUAUUAGCUCUAGCAUCAGCGCUUAUUGUUUUCACUUGGGUUGUCUUCCUUCAGAGUUGAGUUGAUGAGUUGAUCAACAAGCAUGCGAG